AUGUCGAAAACAGACGGAAGAAACAGCUACAUGCAUCGAAGACAGGAGGAAACACUUGACGAGUUACCUCUUAUAAAUCCUUUAAUAUUCGACCAAGAACAAUCGUCAAUCUCAUCAAGUUUAUAUCUAAAUGAUAAUACGCGGCUUACACCCCAAUUAAAUGAUAACCAUUUAUCGAGAUCCACAUCCCCACAAUCACAAGUUCGAUUUUGCAUUCCGGAAUCCAAGGAAGUUGACCAUUCACCUCUGAAGAUUGUUUUCCCGAAUAGUCCUAGUCAAAAUGACCUUAAGAGCAAACUGUACAAGGACAGAGAAUCGGAUGCUGAGGAACAAGAUGUCAAACAUUUAAAUCAAAUAAAAGUUGUUGAUAUGAAUAGUAAACUAAUGUUGGAUGUCCCAGAAGAAGUUUGGAAAUUUCACCAACAGAGAAGGAAACACAAAGAAACAACAUCGUCUCCAUCAAAGAAAAAGAGGCCGCAAUCGUGGCAAUCGUUAAUUGCAGAAACUGUAACAUCAUAUAAUGAGAAUAAUAAAAAUAUCAAGGACAUCGACGCAAGAUUCCCUUUAAACUUGAAAGGGACCCCUGUUAUGAAAGCAAAUCGAUCGACAAGAUCAAACCUGUACCUAUCACCAGAAUCACCAUUAAAUAAACAGCGAAUACCGAUACCCUUAGAAAUAUCUCUACCACCUUAUUUGUCCCCCAAAAAUAAAAAUAAACGACAUAGCGCAGUCAUUUAUGAUGGAGAAGGAUAUAGCCAAUUCCAAGAAGAAAUUGAUAGUAUAUCCUCAGAGUCUUCAGAAUCCUCGACGGAAGAAUCUGAAGAUUCCAUCCCAUUUGCUAGACAUGCCCUUUCCUUUGAAGAAAUGGAUAGCUCUAAAGCGGAUACAGAUAAAAUAUUGGGCAUUGAUCAAGAGGCUAAUGUCAAUUUAAAAGUGCAAAAUAGGAAUCUCAGGAAAGGACACGAGGAAUUAUCUAAACAGUUUUUACCUCCCCUACCACAAACAAAAUUAAAUAACAGUGAAGAAAAAAAUUACUACGGUGCAUUAAAUAAAUCACAAUUUGAAAAUGAGUCUUUGAAAAUCUUAAAAACACCAACCAAGUCUAUCACUAUACCUAAUUUAGACACUGAAGAAUUUCAAACGCCGAAAAGUAAUAACUCAAAUGGAGCAUUAGAAUUUUUUGAGAAAUUUGAAUCUAUCACAAAGGAAGGAGAACAACAAAAGUACACCCAACCUUCAACCAUAACAAAUCAAUAUAAUAAAUCUUUUAAAUUCCCUCUUGAAAACAAGGAGGGACUCAAUACUGAAAGCUCUCUGAAUAAUUCUUCUGACUUUGCUGACAUACCGUCAAAUUCAACAGCUGCCAAUCUUGACGUAGAAAAAAGAAGAAAAAAAUUAAUCAACGAAAUGAAGUUGAAUCCAUACCAAUUUACCCAUCAACAUAAAAGAAGCAAAAGUAUUAUAUCACUAGAGUUGACUGAAGCAUCAGACAACAGAACCGUUGAAGAAAGAGAGGAAUCCAUGAGACUUUCAAUUAAUUCUGCUCCUUCUGCUCCAAUAAUACCAGUACGUUCACCUUUACGCCCUAAAUCACCUAUAUCAAUAACAGAACAAGAUAUAGAAACACCUACAAAACUUACUCCAAAGAAUACACCUGCUGAAAGAUCGCCCAAUACCCCAAAUAUUUACUUACACUCUUGUUCACCUCCUCGUACUAAUAAAGAUACUACAGCAUCAGUGACGGAUAGUUUCAUAUCACCAGAUGUAUCAUACGAAGAAAUUAGCAAGAAUAUUGAAAAGACGAACGAUAGCAUUCAAAUAUUAUUUGAACGAAAAGUAAGCUCAGAUAAGGAAGAAAAAGAAGAGGAAGAAAUCCAACUACCGUUUAUUCAAGCCAGUGCUGAAAGAAAGGAGCCAUCAAUAAAACCAUUAUCAUCUUUCCAAUCAUUCAAUAAUCCGUUGACUCACACCUUGCCGGAUAAUUUACAAACAGUAGCUCUACCCAGAGCACAACUGAACAAACAACUUCCUAGAAGACAAUUGUCAAAUGUCGGUAGUGAAUAUUCUCAGAACACUCAAUUUUCCAGGAAUUCCUAUAGUACAAAUCUAACAUCUGAACCAUCCGUAACUGCUCCUCUAUCGAUCCCAGAAAAUUACAUUCUGGAGAAGCCUGUAGCUAAUCAUUUUUCAAUGAAAAAACCUAAGAAUUCAACUAUUAAUAUGACCAAAGGACACACAGGGAAAAUGGCUGAACCUAAGACUAUUUUAGAGAAUAGAAACGGGAAAAUUGUAGAAGUUAUUGUAUUAGACGACGAUUAUGAAGGAGGGAAAAUACCUUUUUCAAGAAAAACCAGUUCUAAGAGAAAUACUUCACAAAGAAUGAGACAAGUUUCAUAUGAAGCUGCCACCAAGCAUUAUACGGAAAUUUUACAAAUGUGUGAGGAAACAGCAUCACAGGCAAGGAAUAUCAUAUACGAUCUUGUUUCCCGUAAUGUUGAACCGUUAACAGAACAGAAUCAAAUCCAAACGCAAAAGCAAAGAACGAUCACUCAAUAUUCCAGAAAGCCUUUACCUCCGGCACCUGCAGAAAAGUACCAACAGUUAAUGAUUAAUCGAAAGACGAGUGCAAGUACUUUAAAGAUGGAAAAGGAUCAACAAAGACGAUAUUUACAAAACUUGAACAGAGCGAUUAAAUCUCAUACUCGAUCAAGAUCAAAUAUAGAAUUAUUUAAAUAA